AUGUUAGCGACGAGAUGUGGGUUAAAAGAGAUGAACAAUGUCUAUAUUGAAGAAGGGGUUGCAAUGUUACUUGAAGUGGUGGGUCAAGAUAAGACGGUACGGGUUAUUGCAGAAAGAUAUCAGCGUUCGUUGGAUACGGUCAAAAGGAAACUUGAAGAGGUUUUGAGUGUUCUCUUGAAAUUUGCUGCAGAUGUACUAAAACCAGAAGAUGGUGAGUUCACAAGAGUAUGUCCUGCUUUGAGAGAUGAUGAUCGAUACUGGCCAUGUUUUAAAGAUUGUAUUGGGGCAUUGGAUGGAACUCAUAUCUCAGUUCGCCCUCCUAAGCGAAAUGCAGAAGCAUACCGAGGUAGAAAACAGGAGCCGACCAUGAAUGUCUUUGCUAUAUGUAACUUUGAUAUGAAGUUCAUAUAUGCUUAUGUGGGUGUACCGGAUAGAGCACAUGACACAAAGGUAUUGACUUACUGUGCGAGGAACGAGCCCUUUUUUCCACAUCCGCCAAAUGGAAAGUACUAUUUGGUUGAUGCGGGAUAUCCCACAAGAAUAGGGUAUCUUGGUCCGUAUCGCAGAGUUCGGUACCAUCUCGAUCAGUUCAACAGAGGAGGACCGCCAACGAACAGUCGAGAGGUGUUUAACCGGAGACAUUCAAGCUUGCGAUCAGUGAUUGAACGGACAUUUGGAGUAUGGAAAGCAAAAUGGAGAAUUCUUGACCGUAGGCAUCCAAAGUAUGGUUUGAUCAAAUGGAUAAAGCUAGUAACAGCAACGAUGGCUCUACACAACUUCAUACGUGAUUCACAUUGA